AAAUAAAAAUAAAUAAAUACAAUAAACCAACAAAAGCAGAACCAGAAAAAGUAGUACAAUUAAUUACUACAGCACUUAAUAACUGUGAUUAGUACUAAUCAAGCUUAUAUUUUGAUUGAAUUUUCGUUUUCUUUGUUAAGAAGGGUAUUGCUUUUGGACUCUUGCAUGAUCCGAAAAGGUGCCUUCUUGUGAGUGUGAGUGUUGUUGUUGUGUGCGCUCUUUCUAUCUGCUUUGAUUGAAUCUUUGAACAACGCCAACGAAAAGAUUCAUCUUCAAAAGGGAUUUUUAUUAACUGAUUUUGAGGAGAUUUUCAAGGCCGUGAUUUGUGUUUAGUUAGUUACUGAUAUAUAAGUGAGUCAGUCAGGAAUUGUGGGUAGAUCUUUUGAUUUUGUAGCUGUGUUUGGUUGAUUAAGCAAGAUUUUUUUCUUUAACUUUGUGAAGCCAGAACUCACUUACUGAAGUUUCAAGGAAGAAUUAAAAGAUAUAUGAAGGUUUAUUGAAGGAUUUUUUGGUUGGCAAUGUUGAGAGUAUAUGGAAUUACAACUUUCAUCUCUGGCUGCUGGUUUUGGUGUAUUAUAAUAUAUAUGUAUCUUUGGGCUCUUUCACUUUCUGCGGAGAUAUGGCAUAAAGAUUCCAAAUUAUUUUUAUAAGUGUUCUUCAAGUGAGGUAAAGAAGAAGGGAUUUUAAUAUAUGCAGCAGUGGUGGAGAUGAUUACUUUUAUGGAGUCAAAAGAGAAAAUAAAAGAGGUUGACAAGUGCUUAGACUCUCAGUUAUGGCACGCCUGUGCCGGAGGCAUGGUGCAAAUGCCCCCAGUGAACUCGAAAGUCUUUUACUUUCCUCAAGGGCAUGCAGAGCACGCCUGUGGGCCGGUUGAUUUCAGGAGCUGCCAAAGAAUUCCACCUUAUGUACUCUGUAGAGUCUUAGCUAUCAAAUUCAUGGCUGAUCCUGAAACUGAUGAGGUAUUUGCAAAAAUUAAGUUGAUUCCAGUUAGUAAUGAACCUGAUUUUGAUGAUGAUGGAAUUGUUGGAAUUCAUAACACUGAAACACAAGAUAAACCUGCAUCAUUUGCGAAGACCUUGACUCAGUCAGAUGCUAAUAACGGUGGAGGGUUUUCUGUUCCAAGGUAUUGUGCGGAGACAAUCUUUCCCAGAUUAGAUUACUCUGCUGAUCCCCCUGUACAAACCAUUCUAGCUAAGGAUGUUCAUGGUGAAACAUGGAAAUUUAGGCAUAUUUAUAGAGGGACACCUAGGAGGCAUUUGUUGACAACUGGGUGGAGUACUUUUGUGAAUCACAAGAAGCUUGUUGCGGGAGAUUCAAUUGUGUUUUUGAGGGCGGAGAAUGGGGAUCUUUGCGUUGGAAUUCGCCGUGCAAAGAGAGGGAUUGGAGGUGGACCGGAGGUGUCUUCUGGGUGGAAUGGAAACUGUGUUGCGCCUUAUGGAGGGUUUUCGGCGUUUUUGAGGGAGGAUGAUAAUAAGUUAAUGAGAAAUUGUAAUGGAAAUGUUAAUGGAUCAAAUUCGAAUAACGGGAAUAAUUUGAUGGGGAAGGGGAAAAUGAGGCCUGAAUCUGUUAUUGAAGCUGCAACGCUUGCUGUCGGUAGGCAGCCCUUCGAGGUUGUGUACUACCCUCGAGCCAGUACACCGGAGUUUUGUGUGAAGGCUUCAAUGGUGAAAGCAGCAUUGCAGAUCCGGUGGUGUUCUGGAAUGAGGUUUAAGAUGGCCUUUGAAACGGAGGAUUCUUCACGAAUAAGUUGGUUUAUGGGAACUAUAUCUUCUGUUCAGGUUUCUGAUCCACUAUACUGGCCUGAUUCACCUUGGAGGCUUCUCCAGGUUACUUGGGACGAGCCUGAUUUGCUCCAAAAUGUGAAGCGUGUCAAUCCGUGGCUGGUGGAAUUGGUAUCAAACAUGCCCGCGAUCCAUCUAUCCCCCUUCUCACCACCAAGGAAGAAGUCGAGACUGCCACAACACCCAGAUUUCCCCCUUGAUGGCCAAUUGCAAAUGCCAACAUUUUCUGGCAACCUCCUUGGGCCGAACAGCCCCUUUGGGUGUCUACCCGAUAACACUCCUGCUGGCAUGCAGGGAGCCAGGCAUGCUCACUAUGGUCUAUCCAUAACGGAUCUCCACCUCAAUAAACUACAGUCAAGUCUGUUUACAGCUGGUUUCCCACCACUUGAUCGUGCUGCUGCAACCAUGAGAGCCUCCAAUAGCCCAAUCAUCCAGAAGCCUAGCAUGAGUGAGAAUGUUUCUUGCUUGCUAACCAUGGCACAUUCUACCCAGACUUCAAAAAGAACUGAUGAUGUAAAGACACCCCAGCUUGUACUUUUUGGCCAACCAAUACUAACGGAGCAGCAAAUGUCUCUCAGCUGCUCUGGUGAUACAGUUUCACCGGUUCUUACUGGAAAUAGUUCAUCGGAAGGAAAUUUAGAUAAGAUGGCAAAUUUUUCCGAUGGUUCUGGAUCUGCAAUUCAUCAACAAGGCCUACCCGAGCGCACAUUCUGUGAAGGGUUCCACUGGUAUAAAGAUAAUCACCAAGAAUCCGAACCCAACUUGGAGACCGGUCACUGUAAAGUUUUCAUGGAAUCAGAGGAUGUAGGUCGCACUCUUGACCUCUCGUUACUCACGUCUUAUAAUGAAUUGUACAGAAAGCUUGCUGACAUGUUUGGUAUAGAAAAUUCCGAGACACUUAGCCAUGUUCUCUACCGAGAUGUUACAGGUGCAGUCAAGCAUAUUGGAGAUGAACCAUUCAGUGACUUCAUGAAAACAGCUAGGAGGUUGACAAUUCUAAUGGAUUCAAGCAGUGACAAUGUAGGAGUAUAGAGUAAAGGACUAAAGUACGGUUUCAAUUGUACAGCUGGUUGAUUGAAUCUUUUGUUCCCUGCUGACUUUUUUUUAGCUUCUUGCUCUGCUCCAUUUUUUGGACGUUCUAGCUAAAUCCUCCAUGAAACUCUUGUUUCUUUUAAUUUCUCUAAAUUAAUAGUUGGCUUCUGAAACUUCCUUUCAUUAUCAUAUAGGCCACUCAAUUUU